AAUCCACUUCCUGUUCGGCGGACUAAACGGACUGCUGCUGUGGAAAGACGCAAAUUGUUUGUCUGUUUUUCACAGAUCUGACGAUGGAGAACGAGGAGAAAUUCGAUCCCGUCAGGAGCUGUUGGACCUGCACUGAGUGUGGGAAGAGUUUCACAUGCAAGCGGAGUCUGGUGGUUCACAUGAACAUCCACACCGGAGAGAAACCGCACACGUGUACUGAGUGUGGGAAGAGUUUCCGACAAUCAUCGUCUCUUUAUCAGCACAUGAGGAUCCACACGGGACAGAAAAAAUUCAUCUGCGAUCAGUGUGGGAUGAGUUUCAGACAGUCACCGCACCUUAAACGACACAUGAUGAUCCACACAGGAGAGAAGACGCACAAGUGUGAUCAAUGCUGUAAGACUUUUUUGAGGGCUUCAGGGCUGAAGGUCCAUUUCAGAGUUCAUACAAAGGAGAAGCCGUAUUCGUGUUCUCUGUGUGUAAAGAGUUUUACACACAAACAGAAUUUAAUGAAGCAUCAGAUAGUGCACACCGGCGUGAGAGAGUUUGUGUGCUUCGAGUGUGAGAAGACUUUUAUUUCAGCUGAACAUUUGAAACUGCACCAGAGGAUUCACACCGGAGAGAAGCCGUACGAGUGUUCACACUGCUACAAGAGGUUCAGUCGGUCAGGACAUCUGAAAGCACACGAGAGGGUUCACAUUUGAGAGAAACCCUACUGAUGACACUGGUGCAGCAUGAUAUAUGUUAAUGUGUGAAAAGAGUUUCUCAAAUCAGAAUCAUGUUCGCUGUGAUUAGUUAUUACACACCUAGUUACUAUAAUUAAACCAACCGCUGAAAAAGUAAA